AUGGAGAACAGACCACAAUGCAGUAUAUCACUUAAUUUAGUUGAUAACAAAGAACUACGGUCGCGUAUCAGGAAUUCAAUGGGUAUCGGUUAUUGGAAUGCUUAUACUAAAAGUGAAAAGUAUUUAUCUGAAAAACCAACAAAUGUGGAAAUUGAUUCUGCCGAAUUAGCAAAGCAUAAUAAGUCUGAUGAUAUGUGGAUAGCUUUAGAUCAUCAAGGAAAAACUGUAGUAUAUGAUAUCACAAAAUUUGCGGCGUAUCAUCCUGGAGGUGUUGAUAUACUGUUGGAAUAUGCUGGAACUGAUGCUUCAGAAGCAUUUCGAAUGGCACAUUCAUAUGUUAGCACAAAUAUGAUAUCUAGAUUACAGAAAGGUUAUUUAAAACAAAGUGCACCUGGUCGAGGUGGUAUGCCUAAUCAAUUAUCUCCAUUGUUUAUUCCAUCGAAGCUUCGUCUAAGCAAUACGAAGAAACCUAUUUGGGAUUGGAAAGAAUAUGAUGGUUAUAUUGAAUUGAUUAUUAAUUAUGGAAAUAAUAAAGUCUUUGAUACAUUUUGUUAUAAAUUAGAUAAAUUACGAGUACUUUGUACAUGGACUAAAUGUGAUCAAAAUGAUAAACAAAUAAAUUCCAAUGGUGUACUUAUGUUACGUACAGUAUUAGAUAAUGAAUAUCAUUGUUUGAAAUUAAGACUAUGUGCUCAACUUCGUCCAGAUUUGUGUACACUUUGUUUGAAUCAAUUGGGAAUUGGUAAUUCGAAGUCAUUGUCUUCGCUUUCACCACCAUCAUCAUCAUCACUAUUAAAACGAAUAGGAGAGGGAGGUGGCAGAGAAGGAACAAUCCAGUUGAGUAUCAAUUUAAUUAAACUCCUAUCUGUUACAUCAUCAUUAUCUUCAACAUCUUCUUCCUCCUUUCCAUCAUUGUCAGUACAACCAAAUAUUGGUAGUAUAGAAUUAGUUGAAAAAUCGACAAAUAAUUCAUUUAGUACAAUUGGUGUUGUACUUCGUGAUAUUUGUAUUGGAUUAGAUGUUGAAAAUAGUUCCAUUUCUAAUGAAUUAUUUUUUGUUUGUUCUAUCAUUGAAUCUUAUUGGUUACAUAAUAAUUAUCGAUUUAUACGUAUAAAUUGGCCAAAAUCACAAGUAAAUAUAAAUAUACCAAUUGGAUAUCAUGUAAAUGUUCGUUUAAAAGAUUCAGAAAGUAAUUACGUAAUCAGACCUUAUACACCAGUAUGCAAUGAUUUGACUUUUUCAUCAAUAAUCAAUACCGAUUGUCAACAGGAAGAAAAUGUGAAUCAAUUUUGUUUAUUAAUUAAAAUUUAUCCGAAUGGUGAAUUUUCUAAACUUGUGAAUAAUAUUUCUACAAAUGAUACUAUUGAAAUCAGUCUACCAAUAGGUAAUUUCAAUAGUAAUCUAAUCAAACAACUCAUUCAUAAUAAUAAUGAAUCAAAAUUGACCUAUCUUAUUAUGUUAGCCGGAGGUAGUGGAAUAACACCUAUGCUACGAAUAAUUCAUUAUUUAUUUACUGAUAAUCAUCAUUAUGAUCAUCAAAAUUUACAAACAUUUAAAAUACAUUUAAUUCAUUUUAAUCGUUGUCAAAUGGAUCAAAUAUUAAUUUCAUAUUUUGAAUCAUUACAUAAUCAUUUCCCAAAUAAAUUUUCCAUUACUCACGUUCUAUCUGAACCAUUAUGCAUUACUGGCGGUGAUAAUAAUAACCAUUGGUUAUAUGGACAUAUAACCGAUGAAUUAUGUCGUCAAUGUUUUGAUCAAGAAAUUAUUGAUAAUUUUGAAUCACAGACAAUUUGUUUAAUAUGUGGUCCAUCUGGUUUUAAUGAUGCAGCUUUAAAACUAACAAAUCAAUGGUCUAUUCCUAAAGAACGUGUACAUGUCUUUAAAGGAUGA